AUGUGUGAUAGCAAGCCGGUGCGGUCAGACUCUGAAAGGCUAAAAGCAUCCAUAACCGACGAGCGUGAUGAAAGGCCUUAUGAACAGGACUACGUGAUUUACCUCUACGAGAUUGGACACCGCGUGUGUGUGACCCAACCACGGGUCACCGCUGCUGUGUCGCUCGCGUGUCGAGUCGCAGAAGAGCGCGGCGAGCAUCUCGGUGAGAAUGUUGGAUACGCAGCCGCCAUGACUAGUCAGAGAAGCGUCGAUACUGGAAUUGUGUUCAUGACAGAAGGUGUUUUGCUUCGAGAAAUGUUUGCAUCGCCGCUCCUUAUGCAGUAUUCCUGCAUUGUUCUUGACGAGGUCCAUGAGAGGUCACAGAUGACAGAUGUGCUGAUGGGACUGUUAAAGAAGAUUAUUAAGAAACGCAAGAAUCUGAAGUUGGUGAUAUCUUCGGCGACAAUGGACGCGGACUUCCUGAGAGACUUCUUCAACUUGAGCAGCAGCAAGGAACGUGACAAAGCCAGCACUUCUGUGAUUAUGUCCAUGCAGGGCAGAACGCAUCCUAUUGACUUGUUUUACUCAGAAGAGCCAGUCCCGGACUACGUAAAAGCGACAGUGGAUACAGUCAUUAAAAUACAUGAAAACGAACCGUUUGGUGAUGUUCUUGCUUUUCUUACGUCACAGGAAGAAAUCCUGUCCGCUCAAGAAACCCUCCAGACGUACGCAGACCAGAACAAUGCUUCAAACAAGCAUCGAAAUCACUUCCCCUCCGGUAUCAAGUCAGCUGACAUGUUGGUGCUCGCCAUGUACGGGAGCCUUCCACAUUACAAACAAGUCAAAGUGUUCCAGAGGACGGACAGUAACAUUAGGAAAGUGUUGCUAGCUACGAAUAUUGCUGAGACUAGUAUCACUGUACCCGGGGUUGUCUAUGUAAUAGACUGCGGUUUCCACAAGCUACCAUACUUCGAUCCCAGCGUGGGUGUCGAGAGCCUCACUAUCACCCCUAUAGCUAAGAAUAACGCCACACAACGGGCGGGCCGAGCGGGCAGGACUAGUCGCGGGAAAUGCUACAGACUGUACACAGAAGAAGAAUACACCAAGUUAUCAGAGUCAGUUCCACCGGAGAUGUGCCGCAGUGACCUGUCUGCGAUGCUGUUGCAGCUCAAAGCUCUAGGCAUUCACAACUUGCUCAGGUUUACAUUUCCGACGCCACCUCCGGCGAAGAGUAUCCUGGCGGGGCUGGAGACGCUCUACGCGCUGAGGGCCAUCGACAAGGGGGGGCAGCUCACGGCCCUGGGCCGACGCGCCGCGGAACUGCCCCUCAGGCCCUCGUGCGGCGUCAUGCUGUGUCACAGCGGAGAGUACGGGUGUAUAGACGAGAUGUUGUGCAUAGCGGCCAUGUUGCAAGUGGACAGUGUGUUCGUGAAGCCCAGCAGUGGGACGGCGGGACUCGCCGCCAGGGUCACGAGGAGGAAUCAAUUUGAAGUAGCUGAAGGCGAUAUCAUCAUGUAUUUAAAUAUUUUCGACUCGUACCUCAAGAUCAGAUCUUCUCAUAACGACGAGAAGAGAUUUAAGAAGAUGUGCAAGGAUUGGUGUCAGAAGAAUUAUAUCAACUACAAAGUUAUGGAAAAGGCAUGUGAAAUAAGGGAUAGCUUGGAAAAAAUUAUUAAAAACAAGUUCCAGAUGGAAAACCAACCGGUUGAAGGACUCGAAUUGGCAGCAGGUAAGCUGUCCCGCAUCAUGAAGUGCGUGGUGUCGGGCUACUUCAGCCAGGCCGCGUUCCUCAGCCCCGACUCCUCGUACCGCGGUAUCCGCGGCGCUCGGCUCCACAUCUCGCCCGACAGCUGCCUCUACAGGGUGCAGCAGCCCAAGUGGGUGAUCUUCGCCAGCGUACAGAGCACGGGAACCAAAACGUACAUGCGCGACAUGAUGACCAUAGACAAACAGACACUCCUGGACAUAGCGCCACACUAUUAUACCGAGACGUGA